AUGGCGACUUAUGAAACGGCAAAGGAUCAGUUUGUUACUGUCGAUGGCAUCAAGUUUGCCUAUCGACGGUUUGGUAGGGAUCAUGGCGUUCCUCUUGCGCUGCUCAUGCACUUUAGAGGAACAAUGGAUCAUUGGGAUCCAGCUCUGGUGAACCCAAUCGCCGCGAAACGUCCCAUUAUCCUCAUCGACAAUGCUGGUGUAGGCCGCUCUGAAGGUGAAGUCCCCAAGGUCUUCUCCAAGUGGGCGCAGUACUACAUCGACGUCCUCCGCGCAAUUGGCGUCAACAAGGCCGAUGUCUUGGGCUUCUCCAUGGGUGGAUGCGUUGCACAGCUCGUCGCUCUCAACGCGCCAGAUCUAGUCCGUCGACUCAUCCUUUGCGGAACGACACCCAGCACAGGCGAAGGAGUUGUGCCAGCAGCCUCACUAGAACCGUUUAAUCGUCUCAAAGCUACCAAGACAGAAGAAGAGCACAAAGAAGCUUUCAUGUUUAGCAUGUUCCGCACAUCAGAAAAUAGCAGAAAGGCAGGCGAGGCAGCUUGGAAGAGGAUCACAGGUGCACGAAAAGACAGAAGCAACUCUGUCGAUCCAGCAAACGCUCACCGACAAGGAAUUGCCUUUGCCAAGUUUAUGGAUCGCAAGCAGGCCAAGGAUGCUUCAUACGACAGGUUAGAGGAGCUCAAGAUGCCAGUGCUGAUUGCGAACGGAAGCGAGGAUCUUCUCUUGCCGGAAGAAAACAGCUAUGUGAUGUGGAGGAAGUUGAGACAUGCUGGGGCUCAGCUGCAUUUGUUUCCUGACUCUGGACAUGGCUUCUUGUGGCAGUAUGCGGACGUGUUUUCCAAGAUUAUCAAUGAUUUCCUGGAUGAUGAGCCUAAGAUUUCGAGUCGGCUGUGA